AUGGAAGACCGUAACGCAUUUACGCCCUCAAGCCCUGCAGAAGGCGGCUCAGCAAAAGUGGACGUUAUAGAACCGGCGGUGCUUCUAUUGUCGGGUCACCAAGUACUAGUCUCCAAAGCGGCACUUGAAGUACCACUCUACAAGAUGAGCCGGGACAUAGCGUCCAUCCCACCGAAGAACUCGUCCAUCAUCUUCGAGAGGGUGGAAGACGCCCACGUCACCGGAGCCGACAGGAAUGGCCCUGAAAAGCAGCAGACUCGGCACAUCUUCUACCUCGCGCACCCCCGCAGGAGCAGAAUUCCAGACGGACACCCCUGCGUAUUACAUCACCUCUGUCUCUCAGGAGACAACGCUGGGGAAUAUCGGCCUCCGCUCCACAGAGCCUUUGCUCCAGAGGCCGGGGUUCGAGGCUGUGUUGAGCGCAGAGAGGACCGCGGCGGAUAA